AUGAGAUUACUAUUAUCGUCACAACAGAAUCAAAGAGCAUUAGAUAGAACUCAAAGGGAACUCGAUAGGGAAAAAAGAAAACUUGAAGUGCAAGAGAAAAAAUUAAUAGCUGAUAUAAAAAGAUCUGCCAAAAAUGGCCAAAUAAAUGCAGCAAAAAUUCAAGCAAAGGAUUUAGUGAGAACCAAGAAUUAUAUUCAAAAAUUUGAUAAUAUGAAGACACAAUUACAAGCUAUUUCAUUAAGGAUACAAGCAGUUAAAAGUAGUGAUCAAAUGACAAAUUCUAUGCGCGAAGCUACAAUCUUACUUGCAGGAAUGAAUAGAUCUAUGAACCUACCACAAUUACAACAAAUAUCCAUGGAAUUUGAAAAACAAAGUGAUUUAAUGGAUCAAAGACAAGAGUUUAUGGAUGAAGCAAUUGAUAACGUCAUGGGGGAUGAGUUAGAUGAAGAUGAAGAGGCAGAUGAAAUAGUUAAUAAAGUAUUGGACGAAAUAGGAGUAGAUCUUAAUGCACAACUUCAAGAUACACCCCAGAAUAUAAUUCAAAAUUCGGCAACUAAUGAAUUAAAUACUCCUAUCAAAGAAGCUAUUGGUGCUGGUGGGGAAACCUUUCCGUCUCAGGAUGAUGAACUACAGGCACGUCUCAACAGUUUAAAAAGGUAG